AUGAAACCAACAGACUUCUCUUCAAACAGUACUGGUCGGAGUACUGAUUUCGUACGCGGUUUUCUGCUAAACAUUUAUUUAUGACUUAUUUAGCAUAAUAAAUAAUUUCGCAACAUUUUAUAGGAACGAAAACUAUACGACAGUGUCAAAAAUCUAGCCAAGACCCAAAUCUCAGAAAUACCUUUCCAGACUUGGAUUACGCCUUCCUUGGUUAUAAUAUUAUCAAAGGCUAUCCCAAUUCUAAUGGUCAUGAUCCUGGUUUCACUCAUCAAAUCUUCUCUGCUGAUUACAGUGACAAUCGACAGACGGGUGAUUGUCGCUACAGUGUUCCAAAGGGUUUGCUAGUUAUCCCGGAUGUAUCGUGUGUUACAUCGUUUACUUCAACGGUCAUACAAAAUACGUUUGAGUUGCACAAGUCUCUUUCUGUGUCAGUCUCAGCUAGUGGCGGAUUUGGCGCUUUUAGUUUCUCUGCUAGUUCGAGUUACAAGCAAACUUCAUCUGAAGUCUCAUCGGGUGAAAAAGUGUAUAUUACAUCUUCAGCAAAAUGUUCUUACUAUUUCAGUAAAAUUGAUUUAACCCAACCUCCACCAUUACAUCUGGGUUUUUAUCGCUGGGCGAAAACACUAGAAAGAAACCAUUCAAAAGCUAACUUACUAAAAUUUGUAAAGUAUUAUGGGACACAUUUCCCAACAAGUGUGGUGUUUGGAGCCAGGUUUAUGAAACAACACAGUAUGAGUUCGCAAUCUUACAAAACAGCAUCUUCGAGAGAUAUCAGUGUUUCAGCGCAAGCGAGCUACUCCGGCCUGGUCAGCGUCAGUGGAGGAUUUAGUUUGGACAAAAGUGAAAGACAGGCAGCUUCACAAUUUUCCAAAGAAGUUGAAACAACGACAAUAACUGUUGGGGCAGCUCCGCCAAGCAAUGGAGAAGCCGCAUACUGGGCAUCGACAGUCAAAGAAAACCCCGUUCCAACAUCUUAUAAAAUUGAACCAAUCUUCAAUUUAUUUACUAAUGUGUUUAUGGAAGGCACAGGUAUAAAUUAUAAUUUAUUAAGAAAGAAAUUAGUUGGGAUUGAGAAGUUGUAUUGUCAACAACUAUUACAUGCCGGAACUGUUAAUUCUUGUGAGGAAUCAGUGUCCGUUGGUAUCACAAUUAACAAUUUUUACCUUCUGAAUUCUAUCUCGACGUUUGCGGCCGCUACGGAGACAUCUUGUAUUUCCAGAUGUUUUGAAAAUCGUCAUUGUUUAUCUAUAGCUUAUAUAUCAAACUCCAACAAGUGCCAUUUCUACGGUGACGCAAACAAAAAGCAUGAAAUCUCGAAAGAAGCGAAUGCCAAGGCAAAGAUUAUAAUAUUUCCUACAAAGAUUAACGAUCAGAAAACAGAUUUUGUUGUGGAACAUCUUCGUGUUUCAACCAAAGCCCGCCCAACAAGUAACAAAACGGUUGAUGCGCAAUCAUGCAAGAAAGCUUGUCUACAAGAUACUUCUUGCGAUGUUUUUAAUUUCUGCAGCGACCAGACGUCCUGCAAGGGCGAAGUGAACAAUUGUAAAUUGUAUUCAUCGAAAGCAUCGGUAAAAUUUGAAAAGGCUGAACAGAAAUUUAAAAUGCUCACUUAUUUUAUUUCCCGACUUUAA